CCUCUAUUUCAAUCCUUCUCCCUUUUGGUUGCCGAGUUACUCUUCAUGCCUUCAACCCCGCUGUUAACCAGAAGCAGGAACCAGCAGCUUGGAUGCCCUCAGACAUCCAGCUCUGCUUUGGGACGCUGUCCCGACAGCUUUUCUGACCGUACUUAGCCCAAAGUCACACCCCAAAGACCGGCAGCUCCUUGAUCCCACCAGCAGGUAAAUGCUCCAGAACUCCUCCUAAAUGACGCUGGUGUGCACUGUAGCGAUACCAGCGUUGUGAUCCCUAGCUUUGAUAAGGUUCACGUCACGCGUAUUUUAAGUGACAGUCAUUAGGUUUUAUUCCUGGGACUCUGUCAAACACACCUGGAUGUAUUUAACCACGCAUCUCCAUCUUUCAAGGAUUUUGGUAAGGCAGAAUGUCUGACAGUUGCUUCCUAGCGCUGCUUGCUCUGUACUGAUUUCCCUGCAUUUCACACAGUGUACUCUCCGCACCUUUACAGCACAAUGCAUUCUGGCCUCUCUAUGCCCACACGGCCGGUAGCUCAGAGCUACAGGGCUGGCUGUAGACUCGUAGCGCCCACCUUCAUGCUCCUGACUGACACAUGGGGAGCCUGGGUUCACAUCCACUCUUUUGAGUCUACAAGCAUUCUGGUCUGCUUUAGUCUCUUUCUCCUCUAGAAGCACUGGCAGAGGACCCAGGUUUGGUGCGGCUGGCCCUGUCCAGAACCAGCAAGCUCUGCACAAGGAGGAACCAGCUUCUUGCUCAUGGGCAGCCUCUUCAGAGUAACGAUCCUUGGGAAAGCCCUAUAGUUAGUUCUUUGGGGAUUUUCAGCAUAUAUUUUGUGCCCUUUAAUGCUCCUGCUGCAGAAUACCUCAGGAACAUUCCUAGUUCAUUCGUAAGAUCAUGGAGUUUUCAAAGGCAUCAACCACUGCUUCAUUUGAAAAGACCACCAGAAAGCUGAAUCUUGAAAAAAAAAAAAAAUCAUCAACAGUACGAUUGCAAUGAGGUUAUAUUUUUCCCCCAUCAAAUUCUUCCUACAAAGAAGUUAGAUAUAGACGCAUAGGCUCACGUCUUCGCUUUCACUGCUGUUUUGUGCUGAUAGUUGUACCAAAAUGUCACGGUCCCUCUUCAGGCAACACUCACCGCAUUCUGGUUAAAUAAAGCGCUCCCAGUCAUCGUUCCCGACCUCCUGCUCAGCGCCGUGCACGCUCGGGGACAGUGCCACCUCUCGGUUACUCGCGGUGAUCGCAGCAGAAGGCACAGCUUUAAGCUUAGCUGCAAAAGACAUCAUUUACCUGCACGCUGCCUUGCUCCAUUUUAAGUCCAUAGUUGUCCUAAAACCUUCAAUGAGAUGAUACUCUUAGAACAGCUGAGGAUUGUUCUUGCCGCAGACAGGUAUCCGGGUAAAGAACUGCUCCUGAAUUGAAGUGAUCAGAGAACUGAAAGGGGAAAAAAAACAGAACCCUAUGCUCCAAACAUAGGGGCCGGUCAGCUCCGGGAGGGGCAGCAGGGGCAGGACGGGUGCCAGGAACCCCGUGCCAGGUGAGCACACACACAGGUAGGUAGGUGCAGGUAGGGUGCAGGUAGGGUCACCCGGCCCAGCACCAUGCUGCCCUCCCCUGCACUGGGGCAGCUGCCACAACAGGCAGAGCAGGUUGGCACUGCUGGCUCCGAGGGCUUCCCGGCACACAGAGCCCUUGAAAGCUUCCUUUCUGCACGGCCAAUAACCCAGCAGGCAGCCAAGCCUGGGCCCGCCAUGCCCACCCAAUCAGACAGCCGGGAAGGGCAGAGCGCUCAUUGAAUUACACGUUCCCUUGUUACCUUACUCCUCCACUAUCAAGUGACACAGAGGAUGGACUGAGGCGCUCCGCAGAGCGCUUCAUUUGCAGCUCAGUCAGAGGCAUUCCUGGGAGCUGCAGGGGGAUGGGGAGGCGCGCACCCUCCCGGCACCUCCCGGCCAUGGGCACCGCACCAGCCCCGCGCUGAGCGCGCAGCCCCCCCGCACCACCAUGCCCGCCCCGCAGAAGAAAAUCCUCUUCUGCCUGGCCGGGGUGUUCAGCUUCGUGUGCGCCCUGGGGACCGCAGCGGCCAUCGGCACGCAGCUGUGGGUGAGGGGAACCAUCCUCUGCAAGACGGGCGCGCUGCUGGUCAACGCCAGCGGGCCGGAGCUGGAGAAGUUCAUCGGGGAGAUCCAGUACGGGCUCUUCCACGGCGAGCGAGUGAGGCAGUGCGGGCUCGGGGGAAGGCCCUUCCAGUUCUCAUUUUUUCCAGACCUGCUCAAAAUUAUCCCUGCGAGCAUCCACGUCAGCGUCAUUCUCUUCUGCACGGUGCUGAUCAUCUUCACGCUGGUGGGAACGGGCUUUUUCCUGUACAACGCCUUCGGCAGCCCCUACGAAACGCUGCAUGGCCCCGUGGGGCUGUACCUGUGGAGCUUCAUCGCCUGUGAGUGCCCUCCCUGGGCUGUGAAUCCGCUGCAGUGCAGGGCCACGGCACAGGGACCAAAUAUCACACGGGAGCCAGGCAGGAGGGGCUGGUUUUGCAGCAGGGCCCUGUGCACGGCAGAGCUGAGCACAGGGCACGGACACAGCCCGUGGUGGGUUGGCAGCAGGGUGGGUGGUUGCCAGCCCCCAGCAGCGGGGCAGUUCCAGCAUCCCACAGGUUCUGGGGACACCGCGUUGUUCCAGCGAUGCGUGCGGCCCCACCACAGGGACCUCGGUGAUGAGCACCUCACAUUCUUUGCAGGUUCCUGCGGCUGCCUCAUCAUGAUCCUCUUCUCCUCCGAGGUGAAGAUCCACCACCUCUCAGAGAAAAUCGCUAACUUCAAGGAGAAAAGUUUCACAUUUAAGACCCACAGCGAGCAGUUCGCAGACUCCUUCUGGAUCAUCCUGGCCUGCUCCCUGGUGCACUUCCUCAACGCGUUGCUGAUACGCUUGGCCGGGUUCGAGUUCCCCUUCUCUAAACCCAAGGACUCGGGGACAGCCACUGGUGCUGCAGACCUGAUGUAUUAGAGUCACACAGCGUGAGGCGUUCGUCACUGCUGCCUUCAACAGCCACUGCCUGUACCGGCUUUUGAAGAAGUUAAAGACAAGAGAAGGUUUCAGAUAACUGUUGGUGUGACACGUGCAGUAAAUAAAAGAUAACGUGCUAGUUGAUAAGCCCAUAUCAAAAUACCCUUUCUCUUAGAGCAAAGCCUUACUGAGGCACCUGCUUCUCUUUCCUCCAGAGCUGAUUUGAAAAGCAGCUGCUGCAAACAGGACUGAGAACUCAACAGCACAGAGCUGGACCGCAGGCACAGCAAGGGGAUUGCCAUACGGCCACCUCCAUCACCAGCACAGCUCGACCUGCCUGCAGCUCUCAGGGAGCUGCAGCACAGCCCCUACAGCACCGGGCAGCAGGGAACAGGGCAGGGAGGAGAGCACCAGCCCUGCUCCUGGCACAGCCCUGCCACACACCUGCAGGGGAAGGUAGCACGAGGGCAGGGGCUGCCCAGGCACUGAGUCCCCCGCUGACACCUCACACAGGGGGGUCAUUUCCAUCCAUAAUGAGUUCUGAGCUUUAAAAACCCAGCCCUUAACUCUCUGACCCCGGAGCCCAAAGAGCACCACUACGUAGAGCAAUCCAUGCAGUGAGAGCUUUGUGCCUCAGGAUGAGGAGCUCCGUGCAGAAACAUAAGAUGCACUCACACUGCUGCACCCCGAGGUGAGGGGUGCACCCAGGGGCAGAGCAACGUGAGCUCAAACCCAGCAGUGCCCACCACAGCCUCCACCAGGGCUAUGAGGAGCUCUGCCCAGCCAGCAGACAGCAAGUUGUCCUCUAGCAGCACAAACAAACACAGACAAAGCCCUCAGCAUGCAGCAAUGGGAUGAAAUACCAUACACAGCACAGGCAUGCUGCAGCGCACCAGGCACUGACAAGGGAAAGCCUCAGAGUCUCCAACACAAGGGGUAAUGGAACCCAGAGCAGAUGGACGCGUUUGCUACCGUACCCUUACCUCCCA